AUGAGUGACAGACGAGUGUCACUCAAAUGUGCUAACACUAAGGCAUAUUAUGAAUUACCCGGACUGUCCAACAGUGAGUUCUCAUUGAUUUUACUGACCAAUGGGCAAGAGUUCGAUCAAAUACAAACACCUUUCAUUAAUAAGUUUCAACGGAUUGAAAAAAGAAAUUCAUCAGAAAUGAGAGAAUGUUACAUUUCUGAUCUCAGUGCAGAUCAAAAAUAUUUAGUGAAUUUAAUCUAUUCAGUUUUUAUGGCAAAUAAACCUGAACUGCAGGGAUUUAAACGAAAAGCUGGCCAUUAUCACAAAGAGCAGAUGUCAUUUGGGGAGCAUGCAAAUGCCAUCUUCAAAAAUUCUUUAGUAACAGGCUUUCCACAAAUAUCGAAAGCUUCUAAGAAGAGGAAAGUAUGGAAAAUGAGUGUGUUUCUGUUUUGUGUGAUUGGCUUUUUGUACCAAACAGGAAAUUUCUUGCUGCUUUAUUGGACAUACCCAUCAUAUUCAAAUACACAGGUCAACUAUCUUUUUGAUGUGAUUCUGCCUGCUGUCACAUUCUGCAGUCAAAAUGUGGCACAGCGACAAAUCUAUUGUGAAAAGAAUAACACCUAUUGUAAAAAUCCACCACCAAAUAAACCGAAAUUUAGUUGUCUUGAUCAUUAUCCGAAAUUCUGUGAAAGUGGCCGAAUGAAGUAUGAGAAAAUUCCUACAAAAAGAGAUCUCUUUAAUAUUCGGAACAGAACAUCUUGGAAAUUAGCAGACGAAGAAGCACCUGGUCAAGAAAUGAUUGAACUCUGUCAAACACGCUUUGAAAAAAACAAAGUGAAUUGUUCUAUUCGAAGGUUUCCCUUCGUAAAUCAAGAUAACAUCCCUACCUUUUGUUACACAGUUAAUUCUGAUUUGAAUGUACCUAAUGCAAUUGACAAAGUAUAUCCGAAUACUAUAAGUAUAUUUGUUAAACUCCGAACUUUUCCAGAACAAUACCUAUUUAGCUCUGAUCCGGUUGAGAUUCACGCCUCUGUUCAUGAUCGCAAACACCUCCAAAAUCCGUUUACUGAUGGUUUUAGACUUGAAGGAGGAAACUGGUUUACAGCCUUUGUUUCAAUAAAAGAAAUCAUCAGACUACCUCAUCCAUAUGAAACAAAUUGCACGGAUUAUAAAAAAUUAUGGAAAGAAAAUAACGGAACAGGUCCAAUAAAUCAAAUUGAUUGCUUUCACUUCUGCAAGAUAAACAGGCUAGUUUCUCAAAACAAGUGUAUUGACGAGUAUACUACUUACGCUCCAAAUCUUGAAAAACUUUGUCCGAGUGGUCACGAGAGUACAACAUCAAAAAUGAUUAAAGAUUGCAUGGAAGAGUGUCCAAAAGCUUGUAGUGAGCUACAAUACACCGCACACCUAGAAGGAGUUGAUGUUCAAAACAGAAAG